AUGCUCUCGACGUCCGCAGUGCGCCAAAGCUACGCGGACACGGCCAAGAACGUGUACGUGAAGAAGGACUCCAAGGUCCUCGUCCAAGGGUUUACCGGCAAGACAGGUACUUUUCACAGUGAGCAGUCGCUUGCCUACGGUACCAACAUCAUUGGCGGCGUAAACCCGAAAAAGGCGGGUAGCACGCACCUGGGCAAGCCCGUGUUUGGCUCCGUGCAGGAGGCGAUGGAGAAGGCCAAGCCCGAUGCAUCCGUCGUUUACGUUCCCCCUUCCGGCGCCGCGGAUGCGAUAAUUGAAGCUGUCAAUGCCGAGGUUCCGCUCGUUGUUGCCAUCACCGAGGGCAUCCCGCAGAAGGACGAGAUCCGCGUUGCAAACGCGCUCAAGAACCAGAGCAAGACGCGCCUUGUCGGCCCCAACUGCCCUGGUGUGAUCAACCCAGAGGGCUGCAAAAUCGGCAUUAUGCCGGGCCAUGUACACUCUCCCGGUUGCAUCGGCAUUGUUUCGCGAUCCGGUACGCUCACCUAUGAGGCUGUGAACCAAACCACGAACGUUGGUCUCGGCCAGUCGCUUGUGGUGGGUAUUGGUGGUGACCCCUACCCUGGCUCGACGACGCUCGACAUGGUCAAGCUUUUCCUGGAGGACGACAGGUCUAAGGGAAUUGUUUUGAUCGGUGAGAUCGGUGGUAGCAUGGAGGAAGAUGCCGCCGAGUACCUCGAAAAGCACAACCGUACCAGGGACGUCCCCAAGCCGGUUGUUGCCUUCAUCGCGGGCCGGACAGCGCCCCCAGGCCGCCGUAUGGGUCACGCCGGUGCGAUCAUAUCCGGCGGCAAAGGCGGUGCUGACGACAAGGUGCGUGCCUUGACCAAGGCUGGUGCCAUUGUCGCCGACAGCCCCGCUAAGAUUGGUGACCUGAUGCUCAAGGCCAUGAAGGACGCCGGCCUUGCCUAA